GGGUGGGAUUGCUGUUAAGGUCUCGUCUCUGAUUGGCUCUCUGAGAGUUUGCCGCGACCACGCGGGAAAGAAGCUUUAGUGUCUCGCAUGCGCAGUUAGUAAACUUGAGCCUCUGGCAGAUGAGGGAAACCGCCACCCGAGUACAGCGCGUGCGCAGCUCCGGGAACGCGAUUGACAGUCCUCUGCUUCGGGGAUUCGGGUUCCCCUAACACGUUGAGGGAAGGAGUCCGGUCCUGAGACCAGGUCCUCAGCCAGCAGAGCCACGUUCCUUAUGAGCACCGCAGGUUUAUUUCAUUUUCCUACACCACUGACCCGAACGUGCCCGGCGCCAUGGGGACUCCGGCUUUGGGAGAAACUGAGGUUGUUAUCCCCAGGAAUAGCUGUCACUCCAGUCCAGAUGGCAGGCAAGAAGGACUAUCCUGCACUGCUUUCCCUGGAUGAGAAUGAACUCGAAGAGCAGUUUGUGAAAGGACACGGUCCAGGGGGCCAAGCAACCAACAAAACCAGCAACUGUGUGGUGCUAAAGCACAUCCCCUCAGGCAUCGUCGUAAAGUGCCAUCAGACAAGAUCAGUUGAUCAAAACAGAAAGCUAGCUCGGAAAAUCCUACAAGAGAAAGUGGAUGUUUUCUACAAUGGUGAAAACAGUCCUGUUCACAAAGAAAAACAAGAAGCAGCGAAGAAAAAGCAAGUAAAAAAAAAAAAAGCAAAGGAAACCCUGGAAAAAAAGAAGCUACUGAAAGAACUAUGGGAAUCAAGUAAAAAGGAAGAUAACAAAGUUAUUUAAAUGGUACACCUUAAACUACAGUGAACAGAGACCUGCACGAUUCAAGAAUAAAACUCGGCCAGGGGCAGUGGCUCACACCUGUAAUCCCAGCACUUUGGGUGGCUGAGGCAGGCAGAUCACUUGAGGUGAGGAGUUCUAGAUCAGCCUGGCCAACAUGAUGAAACCCCAUCUCUACUAAAAAGUACAAAAAAUUAGCCAGGUGUGGUGGUGGGCAGCUAUAAUCAGCUACUCAGGAGGCUGAGGCAGGAGAAUUGUUUGAACCUGGGAGGCAGAGAUUGCAGUGAGCCGAGAUCGUGCCACUGCACUCAAGCCUGGGCAAUACCUGGGCAACACCGAGACUCCAUCUCAAAAAA